AUGAAAGAAGUAAUUGAUAGGUUUAUAACACUUGCUAAGGGUCAAGUUGAUGAUCGUGAUCGGACGAUACGUUUGCAAAGAAAUCUCAUUGAAAAAUUAGAGGCUGAAAAAGCGGCAGGUCCAAAUGCUAAAACUGAUAUUACUAAAGAGUGCAUAAAUACAGCAACACAAACUGAACGGACAAGACCACUGGCCAUUGGAACGGAGAAUUUGUCAAGUGCUUUUGUUUAUGAAACUCUAUUACCGGCAUUUCUUGACAAUAAAACACUUCAGCCACACACUUUGCAUACAAGCCAAAAUACUAGAAAAUCGCAAUAUUUUUGCAUACUCCGCAAAACACUUAAUACAUCAUUUAGAGCCAUUAGCAAUGUAUCUACUACGUCUAAAUACAUUUUUGUUGUGUUGUUCCGAGCAAUUUCACCCAAAUUGCAACGCCUUGUUGCAUUUUGUUUCACGCGCAGUUGGCCAUCGUUGCAGCAAUUGCUGCAGCAUGCAAAUUUCGUCGGUCAAAGUAUGACGAAUUGUCGACAAUUCUCACGUAAUAUUUUGACACAAAUUUCUCAUAGAUUUAGCAACAGUCUAAUAACUUUUUAUAAUAAUUUGUUCACCAUACAAAUGAGUUUUAUAGCGAAUCGAUUAACCGCUCAGUUCUUUGGCAUGUUCCACUUCUAAAACAGAAAUUUGCCAUAAUGAUUUUUUCAAUGAUUUUUGUUUUCAUUUUUGUCAAAAAGAAUAAGCGAUUUUGCAACAUUCACAGCAAUUAAAUAUUUUAUUUAAAAUAUAAAAAAUCGCUUACCCUAAUUGCAAUGCUAUGUGGCAUUUUGACUCACGCUAACUUAUUCACUUUUUAUUUCUUCACUUUACUUUUUUACUCGAUUCACCACUACAACUCUCGCCCAGUCAUCGGGUUUCCGCCUGACAGAACAGAAUUUUCCAGGAUCCAUUGCUACUUGUUUACCUUCAGUAGUCUUACACAACAAGUGCGAUUAGUGCUCUCCCAAUUUAAAUACUCCACCGAAAAGACUUCAUCCAUUAUGUCUUUUUAUUCUAUCUCCUUUUUCCUUAAAGCAAACUCCUUUUUCGAUAAAGCAUCGUUAUCCAUUCUCACACCAAAAGUAAGCCAGCAAUGACUGAAUUUUUGAACUAAAGAUCAAAGUAGUUUUUGUUACUUAAUUACCUGCCCUUUCGGUUAUGAUAUAUUAUAUCUUAUUUAUCCUCCAUAUUCAAAUAAAUGGUAUGGUUUAUAACAAUAUUACAGAUAAGUAUUCAUAUCACCUGUGCUAUAUCUGUAUAUUAUGAUUAGUAUAACUAUAAAGCUGUAAUGAUAUUUAGAUCUGAAGAAACUACUUCUCAUAACAGUGAGAAGGAUAACUAUUCAUCUGAUCUGCUUAUCUUUCCAUACAUUCCUUGUGUUUAUAACGUAAAGCCUCCACUUUUUUGGUAUUCUAAAAAAGUUGAAACACCCUGGUCUAAUGUGUCUUCUGUAGAGCAUUACAAUUUGGUUAAAGGUAUAGCAUUAUUCCGAUGCAUAAAUUUGUUUCUCAUUUAUAAUUUUAUGCUAUUCACUUAAGAACUACCAUUCUUAGGUCAAGAACACAAAUUUUUCUGAAAAACUUCCAUAUGCAAAGCAUUAUCCAGUAUCCAGCAGUAUCUAUAUAGAUUUCCCACAAUUUUUCGACAAUAUAAAACUUGUUUAUUGAUUCCGUUUAUCUUGAUAGAACUUUAAAGUUGUCUUUAAAUCUGGCUCUUCUUUUUUCUUUUCUUUCUUUUCCACAAGCCUCUCAAUUCGAUUUUAACGUAAAUUUCUUUUUUAUUCAGUUCCUUGAUCCUGACAGAUCUUUAAAUUCAACUUCAAUCUAGAUUCUUAUCUUCUAGUCAUCUAUGGUAUAUCUAGAUGACUAGAUAUUGGGAUCUAGAUAUCUCCUAGAAUAUCCAGAACAAUCUUUUAGAUUUUUAUCUUGACAUAGCUAUAGCUGUCAGUUUUCUAUUAACAUUCACAUAUUUUUUUCCGGGGUCUGUUUUUAUAAGGAUUUUAAAUUUAGGUUAAACACAGAUAUGAUAUUAGACUUUAAAAUCUUUUAUGAGUUUCUUUUUUUUAUUUUUUU